ACUGUUUUGUCUUCGCCGUUGCCCUUGAUUCUUGAAUCGCAUACUCCCCCCUCCGUCGACUCGCCUGUAUUGUUUCCCCCCUCUCUGCGCCCACUCCGUGUAUGCGGUAACCCCUGAUUGUUCUGGUCAUUGGGCCUUUUUUUGGGUUUAUUCUGGCCCUCUGCCCACUCUGCAGGCCUCUUUUCCCCGGCUUCGGUUAUCGUGCACCCUUGACUGCUUUCUUCUCUCCCCCCUUAUAUACCACGGGUGUUUCUGUUUACUGCUUUUCGCUCUUCCGUCCAUCUGGCUAUUAUCGAACAACAAAACAUUUCGACUAUUGAUUAUUCUGACACCGCUUUUUUCCCUUCCAGUCCUCGAACUACAUCCUCGCCACCGCCAAUAUGGGUCUCACUUUCUCGCGGCUGUUCGAUCGUCUGUGGGGCAGAAAGGAGAUGCGAAUCCUCAUGGUCGGUCUCGAUGCUGCCGGUAAAACCACCAUCCUGUAUAAGUUGAAGUUGGGUGAAAUCGUCACCACCAUCCCUACAAUCGGUUUCAACGUCGAGACCGUCGAGUACAAGAACAUUCAGUUUACCGUGUGGGAUGUCGGUGGACAGGACAAGAUCCGUCCUCUCUGGAGACAUUACUUCCAGAACACCCAGGGUAUCAUCUUCGUCGUCGAUAGCAACGAUCGGGAUCGUAUCGUCGAGGCCCGGGAAGAGCUGCAGCGCAUGCUGAACGAAGAUGAACUCCGUGAUGCCCUCCUCCUUGUCUUUGCCAACAAGCAAGAUCUGCCGAACGCCAUGAGCCCCGCCGAGAUCACCCAGCAGCUUGGUCUGCAGAGUCUCACCCGCCGUCCCUGGUACAUCCAAUCCACCUGCGCCACCACUGGUGACGGUCUGUACGAGGGUCUGGAGUGGCUCGCCGAGACGCUCCGCAAAACGAACCGGGACAGCUAGACUGUUGUUAUGUCAUUAGAAGGAUGAUCUGGAUGGUUGACUGGGAGUUGGGGAUGAUGAAUGGAGAACCGGGGCUGGCAACGACACCCCGUGUAGGGCAGGAAAUGCUACGUGGCGGUG